GUAGUCGAAAUGAGUUUAUAGUUGGAGGGAAAUACCGCCUUGUUAAAAAGAUUGGUAGUGGUUCUUUUGGGGAUAUUUACCUCGCCGUCAACAUGACUAAUGGAGAUGAAGUAGCAGCCAAGCUUGAAUCUCAGCAAGCUCGUCAUCCCCAGCUAUUGUACGAAUCUAAGCUCUACAAGAUACUGCAAGGGAGUGUUGGUAUUCCAACCGUGCGAUGGUAUGGCCAAGAGAGAGAUUAUAACGUUUUAGUAAUGGAACUCCUCGGACCAAGCUUGGAGGAUUUGUUUAACUUUUGUUCGCGUCGUUUCACAAUGAAGACAGUUUUGAUGCUCGCAGACCAAAUGAUAAGUCGCGUGGAGUACGUCCACAAUAAAAACUUUAUUCAUCGCGAUAUCAAGCCGGACAAUUUCCUCAUGGGAGUGGGCAAAAAUUGCAACAAGUUAUAUUUGAUCGACUUCGGACUAGCCAAAAAGUAUCGAGAUAGUCGAUCAAAACAACACAUCCCUUACCGAGAAGACAAAAACCUGACUGGAACAGCUCGCUACGCCAGCAUUAACGCACAUCUGGGAAUCGAACAGUCAAGAAGGGAUGAUAUGGAAUCUCUAGGGUAUGUUCUGAUGUAUUUCAACAGAACAAGCUUACCAUGGCAAGGUCUGAAAGCGGCAACAAAGAAGCAAAAAUAUGAGAAGAUAAGYGAGAAGAAAAUGUCAACUCCAGUAGAAGUGCUUUGUAAGGGCUUUCCUGCAGAAUUCGCCAUGUACCUAAACUACUGCCGUGGCCUUCGAUUUGACGAAGCACCCGACUACAUGUAUCUUCGACAGCUAUUCCGAAUUUUAUUUCGUACUCUGAACUAUCAAUAUGACUAUAUUUUCGACUGGACUAUGUUGAAACAGAAGGCAGCACAAGCGAGUGCGGUUUCUGGAACGACAGCGCAUGCCAAAAAACCUGAUCACUCGGCACAACUCUCCCAUGCAUUGAUGAAACAAAAAGGAAUGUACGAUGGCAUGUACUAAGUCAAUAAGCACACCAAGGCUUCCACUUUUAAAACUAGACUUGUAAAAAAGCUUCUACUUGAAAGAUAACAAGAAAUUGCCUUUCAGUUUCUAGCAGUCUUCAGGAAAAGACUUAGUACAUGGCAUCGUGCAUUGCAAAGAUUGGGACUUAAUACGUGAUGGAAAAGUGACUUCUUUAACCUCUCGUUUGACCAACGUUUUAUUGAUAUUAUCUGAAAGAGAAAUUGUAAAUAGUUUUUUGUCCACAAAAAAUACGACAUGCAACCGUGGUUCGACGAAAUAACUCCACAGGCAGAAUAUUUAUGUUUUCACAUAGAAAAAAAAUGUCAUCUGUGUUUAGUGUAAUAUGCACAAGUACCUUGUAACCAAAACCCACCGAAAACGAGUUUUACCUUAAGCUAAGUCCAUAAAUUAAAUCCGAGAUUCACGAUUUAUUUUAAUCCCUGUAUUCGCUUUCACUCUUAAGUUUCUUGUGUUUGUCAUGUAAGUUUUCCUUCCAUUCUAUUGUAAUURUUGAAAUGUUCAGUUUGAAAUUAUAUUUUCAUUAUGUGACAUAGCUUGAAGUUUUUGUUUUCAUUUUUAUAAUUAUUAAAAUUAAUUUAGAAGCAA